GCAGCGGGUGUUUGACUGCUUAUGCUUUGUCUGCAGGCCAAGUACCUGGCACAGAUCAUUGUGGUGGGGGUGCAGGUGGUGGGCAGGGCCUUCGCUCGGGCACUCCGGCAGGAAUUUGCAGCCAGCCGAGCAGCGGCCGAUGCGCGGGGACGUGCCGGGCCCCAGUCUGCUGCAGCCACCAGCAUCUCGGGGAUCAGUCUGCAGGAGGCCCAGCAGAUCCUCAACGUCUCCAAGCUCAGCCCGGAGGAAAUUCAGAAGAACUACGAUCACUUGUUCAAGGUCAAUGACAAGUCAGUGGGGGGAUCAUUUUACCUGCAGUCUAAGGUGGUGAGAGCCAAGGAGCGGCUGGACGAAGAACUCCGAAUCAUGGCCCAGAGACAGAGUGAAAGAGAACAGGAGCAGAAGCCAGAGACGUAACUACCCCGCUAUGCCCUCUUCUCAGCCCCUCUAAAUUAUAGCCAGUCAAUAAAUCCCCUCUCUGCA